AUGGGUGGAUAUAUUUCAAAGCCACGACGUAACUCUAACCUAAAACUCAAACAUCCAUUAAACCGAUUUCCUUCUAUCAAAUAUUCCUCUCGAGUUUCCUCCCGAACUCCCUCUUAUACGCCCUCUGUUUCAAAACUUCCUGAAAUUGAAGAACCACAUGAUUUUCUGACUUAUGAUCCUAUAGAUACAUUACAGAUUGCUCAUUACAUGAUCAGAGCGUUCUGGGGAAAAAAUUAUUUUGCACCUGUUGCUGAUGUUUUGAAAAAAGAGGGAUCUUGCGUUCUUGAUAUUAAUGAUGAAUUUCCUGGGGCUUACUUCACUGGUAUAGAUACUCUUAAGAUGUAUCCUACCGAAAUAAAACCACGAAACGUAAAGUUUAUUUGUGGUAAUUGGCUUGAAGGAUUGGACCUUCCUGAUGAUUACUUUGAUUAUGUUUUUAUAAAUUUCUUAAACUUCGGAUUAAGUAAAGAUGUUUGGGAAAAUAAGAUUAUUCCAGAAGUUACCAGAGUUCUUAAGCCAGGAGGUUAUAUUGAGAUCACUCCCUGUGAUUUGAAAUGGUAUAAUGAAGGUCCAAUCGCGAAGUAUUGGAUGUCAACCAUCCUCAAAGAACUAAAAGCUAAAAAUGUCGAACCUGCAUUUGGUCAUCAAAUCAUUGAAAUGAUUGAGCAAACUGGUAAAUUUUCUCAACCACAAAGUGAAGAAAAGGAUCAUCCAAUAGGUUCAUGGGGUGGUGACAUUGGUAAAACGUCUCUAAGUUGUUUAAAAUAUUAUAUUAAGGCAAAAACAUUACAAAAUAUAAUAACUUAUGAUAAUGAUAAUACUUUUGAAACUAUGUUUAAAGAUUUAUUUGAUGAAAUCGAAGAACAAAAUAUGUAUAGCAAAUCUAUAAGAUUUUGGGCUAUGAAAAUAUAA